CGUCGUCGCGCGCUCGCGUGCUCACCGUCUCCGCCCGCAGUCGCCGCCGCCCAGCGAGUGUGUGUGGGUGCUGUCGUGUGCCGCGACAUCACCGGAAGAGCGGAGACAUGUUCACGCUGUGCAUGUCGCGGGGGCCACCGCAUCGGGAUUCAAAUAAUUGUAACAUUGAAAAUAAACAAAUCAAAGGUGGUUACCUACUGCGAUACAGAAAAGGAUUUUUUUGUAACGGCUGGAGUGAAGAAUGGAUUGUUUUGUACGAAGACUCAACACUGGCGUGGUUUUCCGACAAGGGUUUAAGUCGAGCCAAAGGUUAUGUACGCAUUGGUGACACACCGGAUCUUCUAGCCGUUGGGGAGUAUACUGCGCAGGUACCACGACGUCCACGUAUACCGGAAGCGUGUCGUGUCGCCCAGUUAUUGGCCAUUGGCACCGGAAGGUCUCAAAGCGAUCCUGUUCAUUGGUUAUUGGCACAAUCAACAUCAGAACUUAACGAUUGGAUGACGGCGAUAAGCAACACGCUGCCACCACCGGAUCAGAUUCCCAUCAAGCGCUUGUCGUUGACGUCGCAUUCAAAUGGUUAUGUAUCAAAUGGCAACCUCCACAAUGGCCACCACCCAAAUCAUCACAACCACGCCACUUCAAACUGUCACAGAUCAUCGGAUGUAAAGAACAUGAAUGGAAAACAAACCAAACCUGGACCGGAAGCCGACGCGGAUCACACAGCUCUUUCAGGCUUAGCAAUCGACUGGGGCCAUGGUUGGGGCUGGGGCCAGGCAGCAUGGGCAGCACAAUCCGCUUGUCUACACGAUCACGCUGUGGCGACGGCGGCGGUAGUCCCCUCCGCUGGACUCUUCUGUAACGGCGGAGAAGACUACGGUAUAGGUGGCUACGAAGAAGUCGAUUGGAGUUCGUUCGGAGACUUCAGUUUCUAAUCCGUAAUUAAAUGUUUGGUAAACCUAAAGGUAGGCAACCCAUUGUACGCAACCAAAGUGUAACACAAGCGGAAAUGUCACGAGUAGCCGAAAACAAAGCCAUAAGCGUGUUCAACAGUUCAGCAUUCACCCAACAACAACACAUUCGAUGUUCUAGCCGAGAAGAUAUUGCAACAGCACAGCGACAGCGACGUUAUGACAGUUUGUAAGUUUUCAAAGCGCUGGCAGUGCACGAAUGAAAUCUUUAUGCUCAAAUUGCAUUUUAUCGACUGAAUCGCAAUAUGCGCUGUCUGCGUAAAAUAUGAUUGUUUGCAAAACAUCAACAGCAGCCAACACAGAUGUGAAUGUUGUGACUUUGAUUCGACUUUUCAUAAUCUGUCCUUCACUUUUACACAAUUGUCGUUUGAAGCAUAAAAUUCGAAUAGUUUUCAAGUGCAGAUUUAGUUGAAUUUGGAUUUUUUUUAUUUUCGGUUAUGAAAAUGAUGUUUUUUGGAGGGGGCGGCAACGGCUGGGUCGACUGGGUCGACGACUCGCGCGCGCCGGAUCGUUUGAAGCGCAAAGUAAACGCAAUAAAAGACGAUUGAAGACGCGUCCGCCCCCCAGCGGGAGGCGGUGGCUCUCGCUAGUAAAGCAAAGCGCGCGUCGAGCCCGAACGUCUGGGCAAACUUUUUGCCAUUUACAUCUAAAUUGUUCGAAGGUGCCAAACCGAUGUCACGACAGUCGCACCAGGCGCGCCAUUAUUUUCAUUCAACAAAUCUCUCAAAAUAUCGACAUCGACAUCUUGGGGGGCGGUUACACAACACACAAUAUUUUUAUUUCACAUCAAAUCAAAUAUGAAAUUAUUUGCGCAUGCGCACUAUAUCAGCUAUUUUUCUAACUCACCUAACCUCAAAGUAGAACUAUAGUCUAACCUAAAGCAAUGCAGGUUCAUUGCGGCACGCAUAAUUAUUUUCCUUCCAAUGAAAUAAAUAAAUUAAAUGUGUAUAUAAAAGGCUCGCAGCGCGUAUUAAAGCGUAGCCGUAAUCAUGAUAUCAUCGUAAUCGUAAACCUCAAGCAGAACGCAGAUAAAAUCCGACCACAUAAAACCCGCGAAUAAUGAAUAACGUAAAUCGCCUGAUAGGGAAAUAUUAUUAAGAUCAUUAAACGAUAAUGAAGAGUAUAAUAUUCUAAUUAAUCGUAAAACCAAAUUCCACGUAUUAAAAAUAAUCGCAAAUCGAAACCAAAAACCAAUAGGUAUAAAAUAUAAGAAGAAAAUAGAGAAAAAAGAAGAAAACUGUCACAAAGUAUAAAUACAGCGUUAUAAACGCAGUACAUGCAUCUACACACCAGAUGGCGCAAGUUACCACUCAAUAUAAUAAUUUUGUGACAGUUUACAAUAAAUAUAACCAUUUAUUUCACACAUAUUGUCACAUUUGACACAGUAGUGUAUUUUUAUAACUAAACGUCACCUAAUAUCCACUCAUAGCAAGACCUCAUGAGUUUUUAUUGCUUUGAUUUGAUAAAAUCGAGAAAUAAAACGAAUAAUCUAUUUCAUAUAGGAGAAAAAUAAGAACUGCAAAAAUCACACUGAACAUAACCUGUAAAUCACGUAUGUAACCUCACAAAUCCUUAUUCUAACCUCUAAAACAAAACAUGCUAUAUAACGAUAUGUAUAAUGAUUGAAGAACUUAACUGGAAAUGGCGUCUUCUAAGUGUUGAUUUUAAACACAGAUGGCGCUAUACGCGCUCAGCUAAUGAAACUCUAUAUAAAUGUAAAUGUUUAGAUGAACAUUGAAAUGUUUUAGAAGCACUAUAUCGACGUCAAAAGCCCACGCGAAAUAAUUAUACUUGUGUCAUCACAGUAGCGUACACACAUACAGGGUGUUCGGAGAAAUUGAGAAAUUCCACGUGUACCAAAAUUAAUCAUCUAGAUAUAAUAAUUAGCCCACUAUAUACACACGACAAUGUAACAUUAACAUUGUAUAUUGUAUCGAUGCAAAGGUGUAUUAAUUCUAAAUCUAUAACGCAAACUCUGACACACACACAAGCGCACGAGUUUGCUCGAAAUGCCAAGAGAAGAAAAAAAACAAAACGUAAAUUAUAAUGAAACACACAGUAUAUAGCGCUAAGUAAUUAGACUGAAAGACGAUGUAAAUGUAAGCGUAACGUGUAUUUGUAGGUUAGAAAAGUGUGGUCGUAUUAAAAAUGAUGAAUUUUUGGUUUGUUUUCGAGCACCAAACACCAAAAACAAGUGGCGCCCUCUGGACGCCGAUAGCACUUAACAACCGAGCACAAAUAAUUUGUACAUUUUCACUGCCAGAUAUAAAAAAGAAAAACAUUUUAAACUAAUCCACAAAUUAAUCUAAAAUAAUAGUUUAAUAAUAUUUUCAGUUGGUAUAUAUUCAAACUAACGCCAUUUAUGAAUUACAUUUUUAAAUUUAAAUUUAGUAAUGGUUUUUAAUGAAUACUAUAACUAUGCCACCUCAACACGUCGAAGUAACAUAACAAUCUUAUAAUAAAUUAAUAAGUUAGGCAAAUUGUGUUCCCCAAAUUGAGGUUAUAACCACUAAGAUUAAUGUUUGAUUGGAAUUGUCGUUAUGCGGCGCUCAGCUGGUUUGAGUAGCCAACAUGCGAACGUCCAACAGCCAAAACAUGGCCGCUAUAGUAGUAAAAAGUAAAUAAUACUAAUUGUAUUUAGUUGAUAUUUAAAUUAAAUUAAAUUAAAAUAAUAUUUAGUAACGUGUAUGAAAGGUAAUCUAACUCUAGGCUAUUAACCGAUAUAUCUAAUCACGUUUAAUCCCGUCGUUGGUUUUUGUUGGUUUGUAUUUCGAUUUUAUCGAGUUUAUAUAUCAUCUCUGAUUAUUGUAAGCUGAAACUCCAACCCGAAACUAGAAUAGCGAGCGUUUUCACGAGCGUUGGUAACGUUUUUUGCCAUUGCAACGCAAAUGGAAACGCAUUUAUCAAUUUUGUCCCUAAUCUUAGUCGUAAGUUUUAUAAUUAAAAUAUUUAACAAAAGAUUUAGAAAUGUAUUCAUGUUUUUGUUAGGUUACAAUCUGUGUUGACAGUUAAUACCGACGCGCAUGCGCAGUAAAAAUUUUAAAACAUGAUUUCUUAAAUUAAUUCAAUGAUAAUAUUGAUAGAGCUGACUGUAUUUAGACUAUUGUAAGUAACUAAACAAAUAAUUAGGAAAUAAUAGCUAAAUAUGUAACUACGAACAGAAAUAUUGCAAAAUUGUGGAGUUUGUGGCCAACGGAAUGAAAAACCCUUAUUAUUAUAAACAAUACCUUAUAUACCUUGAUAGAAACAAAAGUGAAGUUGAGAGUAACACUGACACUAAGUAAGCAAACCUACUGAAUGUGAUAUAUGUAUUUAUUUACCUAAUAUAUACGAUAUAUAUGCUAUAUAUAUUUACCCGCAUACUAUGAGACAAAUAUUUACACGAAUUGAUUGAUUUGUAAAUUUUAUAUAGAGGAAAAACCAAACACGUAAAACGCUACAACUUACAACUUACAAAUGCAGAGUAUUCGUCAGUAGAGUAAUAUUCAUAGAAGUAUUAAACAUUUGUUUAAAUGUUUAUCGCAUACACAUUGUAACGACAUACAAGAUUAUAUUAAUUGCUGUACAAGACGUGUAUUAAUAUAAAUGUAUGAUGAAAGCACAAGUGAUCUACUUUUUUAUUUGUUACUAGCUUUUGCACGCAACUUCGUCCUGGUAGUGUUUAAUAAAAAUGUAAUUCGUUUUUA